UUCCACGAGACUUGGAACAAACUGAUGGAGUGGCUGGACGAAUCCGAGAAGACGCUGGACUCGGAAGUGGAAAUUGCCAACGAUCCGGACAAAAUCAAGACUCAGCUGACGCAACACAAGGAGUUCCAACGGGCCCUGGGCAGCAAACACUCCGUGUACGACACCACCUCUCGCACAGGGCGGGCCCUGAAGGACAAGACGUCCCUCCAGGAUGAUAAUCAGAAGCUGGACGACAUGCUGAGCGAGCUGAGGGACAAGUGGGACACUGUUUGUGGGAAGUCAGUAGAAAGGCAAAACAAACUAGAGGAGGCCUUGUUGUUCUCGGGCCAGUUCACAGACGCUCUCCAGGCUCUCAUUGACUGGCUGUACAGAGUGGAACCUCAGAUGGCUGAGGACCAGCCCGUACAUGGAGACAUAGACCUGGUUCUCAACCUGAUUGACAACCACAAGGUUUUCCAGAAGGAGUUGGGGAAGCGGACGGUAGGCGUUCAGGCCCUCAAACGAUCGGCGAGGGAGCUGAUAGAGAACACCAGCGAUGACUCGUCCUGGGUCAAAGUCCAGAUGCAGGAGCUGAGCACUCGCUGGGAGACGGUGUGCAACCUCUCUGUGUCCAAACAGGCCCGGCUGGAGCAGGCUCUGUGUCAGGCUGAGGAGUUUCACUCUACUGUUCACAUCCUGCUGGAGUGGCUGGCUGAGGCAGAGCAGAGUCUGCGUUUCCAUGGCAGCCUGCCUGACGAUGAGGAGGCUCUGCAGGCACUCAUCGAACAACACAAGGAGUUCAUGAAGAAACUGGAAGAAAAGCGAGUGGCUCUAAAUAAAGCGACCAGUAUGGGGGAGGCUAUUCUGACCAUCUGCCAUCCAGACUCUAUCACAACCAUCAAACACUGGAACACCAUCAUUAAGGCCCGGUUUGAAGAGGUGCAGGCUUGGGCCAGGCAGCACCAGCAGCGACUGGCCACGGCUCUCACUGAGCUGUUAACCACUCAGGACCUGCUGGAGAAUCUGCUGACCUGGCUGCAGUGGGCCGAGACCAACCUCAACAACAAGGACAAAGAGGUGCUGCCGCAGGAGCUCGAGGAGGUCAAAAGCCUCAUAGCAGAUCACCAGGCUUUCAUGGAGGAAAUGACCAGGAAGCAACCAGAUGUUGACACAAUCACAAAGACACACAAAAGGAAGGCUGCCCCCGAGCCCCAGAUCCAGUCUCACAUCCCCGUGCUCGGCAAAGGAAGACCUGGAAGAAAACGUUCUCCGACACAAACAAUGUAUGCGUCAGCAACACAACCUCCCAUUGAGACCAAAAACCCCAGAGUGAACCUGCUGGUCACUAAGUGGCAGCACGUGUGGCUGCUCGCUUUGGAUCGCAGGAGGAAACUCAACGAUGCUUUGGACAGACUGGAGGAGUUGAAGGAAUUUGCCAACUUUGACUUUGAUGUGUGGCGGAAGCGCUACAUGCGCUGGAUGAACCAUAAAAAGUCCCGCGUCAUGGACUUCUUCCGUCGCAUCGAUAAAGAUCAAGAUGGCAAAGUGACGCGACAGGAGUUCAUAGAGGGCAUUCUCUCCUCCAAAUUCCCCACCAGUCGUCUGGAGAUGAGCGCUGUGGCAGACAUAUUCGACAGAGACGGCGACGGCUACAUCGACUACUACGAGUUCGUGGCAGCCCUUCAUCCCAACAAGGACGCCUACAAACCUCUAACAGACGCCGACAAAAUUGAAGAUGAGGUUACACGUCAAGUAGCAAAAUGCAAAUGUCCAAAACGAUUCCAAGUGGAGCAAAUUGGUGCCAACAAAUACCGGUUCUACCUUGGAAACCAGUUUGGUCUGGUUCACUGCUUACAUGACUCCUUAAUCGGCGAUGAGACAAUAGCAAACAGGGAAAAUCAAAAUCAUGCCCCCAACCUACACGUUGCCGUUUUGGAAAGCUGUAUUCUGUUUGGAGACUCUCAGCAGCUCCGGCUGGUACGGAUCUUGCGCAGCACUGUGAUGGUGCGGGUGGGAGGAGGCUGGAUGGCUCUGGAUGAGUUCUUGGUAAAGAACGAUCCCUGCCGAGUUCAUCACCACGGGAGCAAAAUGUUGCGCUCGGAAUCAAACUCUUCAAUUACUCAGUCUCCUAUAGGUUGGCAAAUCUCACAAUAUCUCACCAUGCUCCAUGAACCCACCCACAGUGCUAAAGGCAGGACCAACAUGGAGCUGCGAGAGAAGUUCAUCCUCCCAGAAGGCACCACUCAGGUGAUGGCGAGCUUCCGCUACCGAGGCCGCAGAUCUCGCCCGUCGUCCAGAGGAGCGUCUCCCACCAGAUCCAUGUCAAGUCAGAGCUGCCCCGUCCCCGCACACCAAGCAGCGAUCGCUAGCGUCAAGACUCCCCAACACAUUACCCGCAAUUAUGAUAAGCCCUGGCUUACAAACAGCAAACCCUCCACUCCUCUUAAAUCAUCAGACUCCUUUGGGAGCCAGGGUUCAUCCUCAGAGGGUACGCCGGUUCAAGGCAGUAAAUUACGCCUACCUGGGUUCAUGUCAGGUAAAGGAUUUCAGUCGGGCGAAGAGGGAACGCUGAUCAGUGCCGCUGUACUGAAAGCUCGAGCAGGUGAGUCGAGAAAGAACUCCAGCCGACCUGGAAGUAAAGCAGGAAGCAGAGGGAGCAGUCGCAGAGGAAGCGACGCCUCUGACUUUGACAUCUCGGACAUCCAGUCCGUGUGCUCAGACGCGUCCGAAACAGUCGGCGACUCGGCCCGAGCGACGCCGCGUUCUGCGUCGCGACAACGCGGAGGAAAACCCUCCAAGAUCCCCACUCCUCAGAGAAAAACCACUCCCACGAGCAAACUGGCCAAGGGAUCCAAGCGAUAGUCAGUGGCCUUGAAAAACACAAAACCCAGGAGCUAGUUGCACCCUAAACACGUGAUGGACACUGGAGAUAUCUAACUUAAAGACUGCAAUUGUGUUGAGUGUUAUUUAAAUUGUUGCGAAGAUGUAAAAUAUUCUGUUGAGAGGAAAUAUGGUUUAAUAUUUUGUGAGAAUGGAACGUCAAUGGCCUUUUGUCUUUGUUUUUAAUGUAUUUUAUUUUCUGUGAAAAAUGUCAAAUUGUUUUUAUCGUAUUUUAUUUUAUUGAUGAUGAACCCGUAGAGGUUUGACGAACACUAGAAAAUCUUGGGAUGACUACACCGCACGGUUAGCUAACAUUUCUAAACACACUAAUGAAGGGCAACACGCAGGAUAGCGCUCUGAAAGUUACUGAAUGUACUGUAAUUUAUGUUGGCUCAUGUUUGGGAGUAGAUGGUGCAUUAUGGUACCAUUUGAGACACUGCAAUUAUCUAUUUAAGUGCUAUGAUAUACUGCCACCACGCAUUUAAAGGGCAAUGCAAUAUACUACAAUAAACCCCAGUAAGCACUGCAGAAACCUUUGAAAACACUAUUUAAGGCAAGUAGCAGCAACCUCGUAACCAUGACGCUUUGAAGUCCUGUUUGUUUGUGAGCAGCUGAAGUCCCUGUUUUGUUUGGCCACUUCACAGCAGUGUGUUCAUUGACCUUUAAAAGGUGCCACUCCAUGUAGACAUUCUAUUGUGCAUCCAUGUCAAUGUAUGGUUAAUUUCGGUAGAGCUGAAAUUGUUACUGUAACAUUACUUUGUAAUAAACCUGCUUGCAGCAAACCACCAGAAACUGGUGGAGACCACA